CCGCAGGAGUUUCCCACAAUGCAGCGCGGCGCGCUGUCCCCGGUGCUGAUGCUCAGCGCUGCCCCGGAGCCUCCGCCGCGCCCGCCUCCCGCCCUCUCCCCGCCGGGUCCCGGCCCCCGCCAUGGCUCAUCUCGGCCGGGUCCUGCCCCAGAGCCGUCGGGCGGCCUGGGCGCGGCGCUCGACAGCAGCCUGCGGGCCGCCGUGGCUUUCAAGGCGGAGGGCCAGCGCUGCUACCGAGAGAAGAAGUUCCGGGAAGCCAUCGGCAAGUAUCAUCGGGCACUGCUGCAGCUGAAGGCGGCGCAGGGAGCCCGCCCUGGUGGCCUGUCGGCCCCCACCCCGGGGCCCGCCACCAGCCCGGGGCCGGCCCGCCUCAGCGAGGAGCAGCGGCGCCUGGUGGAGAACACGGAGGUGGAAUGUUAUGACUCUCUCACCGCCUGCCUGCUGCAGUCGGAGCUGGUGAACUAUGAGCGAGUGCGCGAGUACUGUCUCAAGGUGCUGGAGAAGCAGAAGGGCAACUUCAAGGCCACAUACCGCGCCGGCAUUGCCUUCUACCACCUGGGUGACUAUGCACGCGCGAUGCGCUACCUGCAGGAGGCCCGCAGCCGAGAGCCCACAGACACCAAUGUCCUACGCUACAUCCAGUUGACUCAGCUGAAGAUGAAUCGGUGCAACCUCCAGCGAGAAGACAGUGGCACCGGGCCGAGGGAUGUCAUUGGCUGAGGCCAACCUAGGGGGACUGUCCCUAACCCCUACUCUCUCCUACUUCACCUUGUAAUUUCCCAACUCGUGUUCGCUGGUAAAGCACUUAUCACUGGUGACCAUAA